AUGGUUAUAUUCGAAAAUUCUAAACAAAAUGAAGCACCUUCUGGUGAUGUGGCAAAUGAUCACAAGAAUACCAACACACAUAUUGAAUCAUGUGAAGAAACGAUUAUAAACUUAUCAGUAUCAAACGACUCUAAUCACGAAAACACUCAAAUAGCUGGUUCAAAUUCUCAGACUGAUCAUCGUUCGAACUAUUUCCGCAAUGAACAAUCUCCAUCUUCUGAUUCAUCAAAACUUACUAAUAUCAAUGUCAGAUUAAGUAUUCUUACCAGUUCAAGUUCCCCGAAACCAUUUAAAUAUACAUUGAAGCUUAUUCCUAUACCGCAAGCAUUGAAUUCAACUUAUAUAGAAGGAGUAUAUGAAGUUAUUGAUAAUGGUAAUAAAUCAUCCAAUCAAAUGUCAAAUGUGAAACAAAUGUCAUCAGACAAAAGCUCAAAUGAAGUGGAUGAAACCUACUUACACCUUGCAAAAGAAACUUGUGAUCAGCUAGACAAGCUAAAACCAAAUCGAAUUUUGAACACUGAAUCCCAUUCUCUGUCAUCAAAUUCUCUGAGAACUCAAACAAAGAAGAACCAGAGAAAUGUGUCAAAUGUGAACAAUCAACGGAUCUACCAUUGGCAUUAAUAAACUGCCACUAUAUGAACUCGGUCUGAGCCUGAUAUGAUUAUGCUUAGUCUAUUCGCCAAUUAUAAACGUGUACAAUUUUUUUAUGAACAAGAGUAAGUUUCAUUGACUCAACUGUUGUGUGCUCUAGAUAUUGUUGUGUAUAUACCAUUUUUGUCUCCACUUUUUUUCUGUUUCAUAAAUUGUAUUGAUCCCUGCUUUUGCACUGUGAUAAUUUUUGACUAUAGAAGCAAAUAAAGUUUUAUAAACGAAA